AGAAAGGCAACAUGAAGUUCAUUUGGCUGGUAGCAUUCUUGGGAGCAGCUGUUGCCUUCCCCAUCGAUGAUGAAGACGAUGAUAAAAUUGUGGGUGGCUACACCUGCCAAAAACAUUCCGUUCCCUAUCAGGUCUCUCUGUUUUCCGGAAGACAUUUCUGUGGUGGCUCCAUCAUAAACAGCCAAUGGAUUGUUUCAGCUGCUCACUGCUAUAAAUCCCGAAUCCAAGUGAGACUUGGGGAACACAGUUUGACCAAAAAUGAUGGUUCCGAGCAAUACAUUGAUUCAGUCAAAGUCAUUCGUCACCCCAAAUACAACUCCCGAACUUUGGACAAUGACAUCAUGCUCAUCAAAUUAUCCAAAGCAGCCACUCUCAAUUCCCGUGUUUCAGCAGUGCGUCUACCAAGCAGCUGUCCAUCCAGUGGAGCACAAUGUUUAGUCUCUGGCUGGGGCAACACCCUCAGCAGUGGCACACGCUAUCCAGAUCUUCUGCAGUGCCUGAGUAUCCCUGUACUUUCUCAGAGUCAGUGCAAUAAGGCUUAUCCAGGGCAAAUCACCAACAAUAUGUUUUGUGCAGGAUACGUGGAAGGUGGAAAAGACUCUUGUCAGGGAGACUCUGGCGGUCCAGUUGUCUGCAAUGGAGUACUCCAAGGAGUUGUCUCUUGGGGUGAGGGAUGUGCUCAAAGAGGCAAGCCUGGUGUCUACACUAAAGUUUGCAACUACAUUUCUUGGAUUCAGCAAACCAUCCGUUCCAACUGAUCUACACUUCCUGUCUGGAAAGCUCCCUUUUCACAACCAUAACUAACACUUCACAGACCAAGAAGAAUUA